GACGUGAAUUAUAUUCUGAAUUCUUUCUAAACUUCAUAAGCAGCAGACUAAGCACUAUUUUGCAAGCCUUCAGAACCUCAGAUUCCUAUUGUAAGAUUUUGAAGAACUUUUCAAGGUUGAAAAAUUUGUUCAGUUUUCUCAAAUUUGCCAGAAUGCGACAGGAGGAUUCUCACUUCUCUACUCUACCGAUCGGAACGUAGCCCCAUGUUACCCGCUUGAUGUGGGACUCACAUCCUUUCGUUAGAUUACUUCGUCCCGUUUCAGACAUGCUAAAGGGAUCAUAAGACAGUCGCUGUAAGGUAUCUAAACGAAGCAAUGUCACUGGAAUGCUCUGGAGACUUGUGUUCGAUCACUGCAGACAAGGCUCCCACUUAUCAAAUUGCUGUGAAGUGAAGUUAGAACAUUCCGGGACGAGUAAUCUUCGGUUACCAACCGGAGGGUCUCGCGGCAAGGGCUCAUGACCUUUGUCAACUGCACUCGAUAUUGAAGAUCUACGGCUCUUGACGUUAUUCCGGCAUCUACUAGUUACUUCCACCAAUAUUCCAGUUCACCUCGCAUUCUGACACGUGGUACGUCGCUCAAAGUAGCCAGUUGUAAGCAUUUCCCCUCGAGCCACGUGUACAGUUGUCCGAAGUCGAAACAUCGAGACCACAUACAAGUGCAUGUCGUUCCGCCCGGGGGACGUCCAGGCGGACACGUGAUACUUGAUGACUGAAAUUCGGAACUAUUCUUCUUUUCAACAUGACUCAUUCUCAAGACGAUUAAGGUUGACGAGCAGUCAAAUCAAUUCUCGUCUCUAGCAGUGGUCAAGUCUUAAUUUUUACUUUGAAGCAGAAUGUCAGAUAUGGCUACUCUUACUCACAAGAGUGGGCUGUGCAGGCAGGCAGCUCGUUGUCUUCGUCUCUGCGUCUGGAGUCCAUCGUGCUCUCUUCGCCUCGGAUCUAGCUUUUAGCUUAUGUACCACCCUGGGUUUGACGAAGAUGCCUGCACCUCAUCAAGCCCGCUCCAUGCUUUCGCAGUUUCGUACCGAGGCAGACCAAACAGUGACAUCGUCAUGGUCACCGUCAAUCUCGGUGCCGAGGCGGACCAAACAGAGAGUUCGUUAUGGUUACCAUCAAGUUACGUGCCGAAGCGACGACGACAGGGAUGAUCAUAGUCGUCGCGGAUAUAAAAGGAAACAAACAGAGAUAGAGUACUCCAUCUCAAGUUUGCUCUCUUAUCAUGGAGUCCGAAGCUGCCACAGCCUCGCCUGUUCUGCACAUACUCGACGACAGUACGCGAUCAGGCGAGACGGAAACAGUCAAGAAUUACUUCCCUCCCUCCAUUCCAGGUUGUUUCCGUCUGAGCCUCCCAUGGAAUGGCGUCGAGGACUGCGCAGGACAAAGCGAGUCACCUCCUCGGGCAAGAAAGGAGCGCGAGCGAAGAUUUGGGAAACCAGGCCGAAGACUGGAAGGCAGCGACGGGACCCUGAUUUGUGUCAGUAAAUGAAUCUCAACAUCCUACAUCCGUUGCAGGCGAGAAGAGAGGCGAGGAUUUCCGGAGCUUUUGCGGGUCUGAGAUUUCGUGAUUAUCCCACUCACUCCUUUCGCUCGAAGAAUCAGAGGGGGCUCAUACAUCGCUCGAGGAAGCCAUAGCCCGCUCACGAAUCCGCUUCCAUGCUUCAGGAUCGAGCCAAGUUCGAGCGAUCGAGCUUCAAUUCUCGAGGACGGUGCGCUAAGGAGGAGCAAGCGGAGAAGGCGAGCAGCGAAGAAGGCCUCGGGAUCUGCAGAGGACGCGUCGGGGCUCGGUGCAGCCUCGGCAAAUGCCCGAGUCUGGAGUCGAUGGCGCCUGAGGAAGAAAAAGAACGCCGCCAGUCAGGACAAUGCUCUAGAAUUCCUGCGUAACGUCGUUCGAAUGACUGGGAGAUGAGUUCCGGAAGUCGGAUAGCUUUCUCUAUCCCCAUUCGUCCAUAGAUACAACCACGAAGGCUUAGUAUUCAUCCGUUUGAGUGAGACUGCAGUGUGUAACAGCAGUCUCUUCGUUUCUCGUACAAAUCUGCGCGAUCAGGCUUCUUACUCAUAUUAGCUAGGCUGAUUGAGGUACACAUCUCGCCAAAAAAGAAACGAACAGAUGAACCGGACUCCACAUUCACUGUCCCGGUCCUUGUACAUCAGUACAUUUGGCUGAUAAGUGUACAAGCGCAAUCAAUCUGUAUUUUGUGGUAGCUAAGGCGGCUGAGUGAACGGAAUGUAUUCACAAGGAUCAGUCAAAUAAUAAUUCUAACGGCAUGUCCAUGACCUUGACCUUGUUUCGCAAACUUUGGAUCACGCUCUGAGCUUGCCCUGUUAGACUACCGGCCUUAUCCUUCACUGUCUCGACCGCCAUUCAGAUUCCCGGCAGCUUCAGAAACAAAUCCACCAGCUCUGCUCUGCUCCGAGCGCCGCUCGCUCGGCUCCUGGACACACUAUGCCCUGUCUUCGGCACAGAAGAGGACCGAGUGAGUCGAUCUGCACCUUGGAUCUAACACUGUUGUCAAGCGCGAGCACUUCAAAGCUUCCAGCGGAUGCCAAUCUGAUAAUCCUAGAGGAACAACUUGGUAGCUCAGUCUGCACUCAGAGAGCGAAUGCAUCAUCCCCCCUUGCAUCGCAGGCGGAGAGUGCAGGAAUGGAGAUCCUAUGGGAUCGAAGAAGUGAAAUAGUGUUUAGAUAAGCUGCUAAUUCACAACUAUACAAUGAGAGAUUGCGAUCUGGAAGCAUAUGAGUUGGCUUUCAUGAUGGAUAGCGAGCGUCGUUGCCUGCGCGCAGUCUACGGAGCACGACUCAAACUGCAAACCAUCUAUAGCAGCAGUCCAGGUCAUACCAUGCAGCACUGUACUUCACGGGCCCCGCGACCGGCUGCAACUAAUCAACCUGGGCUGGAUACGGGACAAGCAUGUUAAAUCUCAACUCCUUCCUCGUGCUCAACCUGAAGCAUUAAACUCCCAUGGAAGGCAAAACGCAAUAAUUUUUUUCUCAUGCGAAAAAUGAAACACAGUGGAAAGAAUUACGGGAAUUUGGACUAGAUAUGACCUCCAGCCAAGCACCAACCAUAUGACUUCACAGCAGCACCAACCACUUCUGUUGAAAUUUGAAAUCUGUUCAAGAAUGACUAUUUAUAUUGCAUUGUAAACAUG